AACGACCGAGCGGCAAAAGGGCUGGGGAUGCACAUCGGGACGGAAGACACACGGCUUUCCAGGCGAAAAAUCAGGAAUGCUGAUGCUGCUAAACAUGCAGUGUCGCCCGCUUCGCGGAAUAAACCGAGUAUACGCUGAUGUGGCCGGUCAGUGAGUUUGUUAAAGCUAAAGAUUUGGCUUCCACUUUGUUUUUUUAACCGUUUGCGUUGAGACACACAUCUGCAAUGAUGCGGGCUCUGGACCGGAGAAGGACCGCUGCGAUUGUACUCUGCCUUUUGGGAUGCCUUGUGUCCAAAGCUGCCACGAAAACAGUACCGGAGGACACAGCCACAGAAGAGGUGACUCUGAAGGUUCACCUGAGCGAUGCCAGCACUCACCAGCCCCUGGGAGGAGCCACCGUACAGCUCUUCGCCAACCACACUUCUGUAACCACGGAAACCUCAUCAGUUGAUGGCAACACCUACCUGCGCUUCCCUUACCGCCUUGGGACACCGUUGGUCGUCACCGCAACCAAACAGGGAUAUGUGCCAAACUCUGUGCCCUGGACUCCCUCCAGAUUACCUGUAUUUUCCUCUAUCAGCCUGGACCUGCUACCAGAAAGAGCUGCUACUCUGAUGGUGUAUGAAGAUGUUGUGGAGAUUGUUUCAGGCUUACAAGGUUUCAGGCGUCAGCCCACUGUUCAUUUCCAGCGCAGAGCUCUAAGUCUUCCUUCCAACACAUCCUACGCCAACCUAACAGCUUUGCUCACUGUGGCCAGUACCCCCUCGCACAUCCAGCACUUUCCACACCUGCAGGUCCUCGGCGGCAACGGCACAGGGGCAGAGAAGAGGUUUGACUUGACUCCUGUAGCAGCCAUCUCUGUUCACUUAUUGGCCAGCGACGGAGUGGAGCUGCAGGUGAAUGAGCCAAUCACGGUGUCCGUCCCCCUGCCUGCUGACAGUGGCCUGAAGGAAAAUGAUCACAUUCCUGCUUGGAGAUUUGACCCACGCUUGGGUGCCUGGAUAAAGAGCAGUUGGGGUCAUGUGCAGAGGGAGGGCAGCCAGCUCAGUCUGACCUACAUUGCUCCUCAGCUGGGAUAUUGGGUGGCCGCCAUGUCCCCACUACACUCAGGUCCAGUGUUAGCGAAGGACAUCAGCACGUACCACACAGUGUUUCUGUUGGCCAUACUGGGAGGCAUGGCCCUCAUCCUGCUCUGCCUGCUCUGCCUCCUGUUGUACUACUGCAGGCGUCGCUGUUUGAAGCCUCGAGUGUCUCACCGCAAGCUCACACUGUCUUCUGGUCUGGACAGCAGUAAGAGGGAUCAAGCCACCUCCAUGUCCCACCUCAACCUCAUCAGCAACGAGGUGCAGCUGGAACUUGUUUCCACAGCAACUGAGCCCGACAUGACCACACCAAUGCUGAAGCCUUUCUCAUAUGAGCACCAAGACAAUCCGCGUCAACACAACAUAAUCCAUCACAGCAAACACAGCCGCUCCUCCCUCGGCAACAACAGCCACCAUGGUUCAUCUCUUGGCAAUCUGACGCCUCGCAGCAGAGACUACCGGCAGUCUGCUGAGACAUUCCAGUUAAAAGCCGCCCUUUCAUCCGGAACAGAGCGGGGCUACCGUCAAUCAUACACCUCGGUCUGCUCAUCAAGCAACCUGAUUUCAGAUGCGCUGUCAUCAGCCAAUCAUGGUCAGGUGUCAGCUAACCAUCUGAGCAGCAUUGGGAUUGUUGACUGCAUCUCACCUUCCUCUCCUCCUCACUCCCCCAGUAGAGGGGAGGGGUGUGAGUCCAGAGCUCCUGACUACCUUCUGUCUCGCUCUGUGGACCACCUGGAGCGUCCCAGUCUCCCGUCGCUCUCCCGACCGGGCCAGCUGCUCUGCUGCGGCUCUGUGGAUCUGCUGAGUGGAGGAGAAGGUUACCCGAGGGUGCGUCCGACACUGGUGAUCCCGGCACACUACAUGCGCCUGCCUGGGGAGCACCCUCUGUCUGGUCAAGCCCUCCUGCUGCAGACUGACCAGCAGAGUGACUUGGAGACCAUUCAGGCUGAGCUCAAUGCCUCACAUUCCCAGCAGCCCCUGGGGCAAACCCCCACCGACUGCACCCCAGGUCCCACCAAGCAAAGUGAUGGAGAGCGGAUCGGCCUGUCAGAGUCUCUUUCUAUCCCAGCAGCUCUUGGGGAAACAGCUCUUGUGGAAAUAAACAGUGAGGACACCUUGUUGGCUGAAAAGACUUUAAUGGAGCUAAGAGGAGGGAAGCCUCUGCCUCACCCACGAGCCUGGUUUGUCUCACUGGAUGGACGCUCCAAUGCUCAUAUCCGCCACUCCUACAUUGACCUGCAGCGGGCGGGGUGCCAUAGCAACGCUCCAGGUGGAGGAGGUCAGCAAGGUAAUGGCAGAGGUGGGAGGCGAGGUAACGGCAACGAUGCCAGUCUGGACUCUGGCGUGGACCUGAAUGAGCCGAGAGCGGGCCGCAGAGGGAGAGAUGGAGAGCGCGGGGAAAGAGAUAUCGAGAAAGACAGGUCGAAGGGCACAACGCCAGCCAUGGCCUACACCCAGCUGGUGUAUGUGGAUGAUCUGGAUAGGGGAGGCAACGAGGAAGAGACACCCGAGUGCAGCCCACAGGACAGUAAAACAGGACCCAUCCUGCCAGACAAAGCAGAGGGUCAGAGAGGGGAUCAGGGGCAGGGGGGUAUGGAGGGGGUACAAAUACAAGAGGAACCGCCCUCACUUUCCUCCUCAUCACCUGCUUCUCCUCCUCCCCUGCCAACACCAGAGGGAGAGACUUUCAGGACUGAUCAUGCCCUGCUGUCAGUCUCUCCUGAUGGCGAUGCAGCACACGAGGAUGGAGAGGAGGAGAAGAAGAGUCCCUGGCAGAGGAGAGAGGAGCGACCCCUGCUGGCCUUCAACCUGAAAUGAUCCUCACAUGACCGCUUCAAGGAGAGGUUCACAUUUUUUCUUAAUAGAAUAUUCACAUGUCUGUACGUACAUUGAAAGGAUUUUUGGUCACUAUAAUUGUUCCUUCUGAAUGUUCCAGCCCUGUACAAUCAUCAGUCAAAGGCAAAGAUACUGUGCAAAUUGCUUUAAUUGGAGUCUAAAAUCAUACUCUCUCUGAGUCAUAAGUCAGUUACAUCUUAACACACCAACAUGUUUUUAGAUUCAGUGUCACUGAUACUUCCUAAUAUCAUUAUCUCCAAUAUGUUUAAUAGAAGUCAUGAUAAUCACGGAAAAAGAUGGUCCCUAUAACACCAGAACUUGCCUGAGAAUCAUGUUUUAAGUUUUCUUCAGUAUCAAAGUAAUCCAGUGAUAGCUGUUUGUACAUCCAUGGAUAGACUCAAAACGUAAACCGCUAAGAGCUAAUUCAUCACACUUAAAGUGAUGCCAAUUUUCCUAAAUAUAUUAACAUCCUUUGAAAAUCCUUGAUUUACAGCGCUAGCAACUAGUAGUAUUCUAUUCAUAUACUGUUAGUGCAAUUCUAAUAGACAUUGUAUUUAACAAUGUAUUGAUAUGGCAAUGGAUCUGUUUUGUGGCUGGCGCAGGCAGGAGAAGCAACUGCAGUGACCAGAACUGUUCAUUUGUACAUAUGUGGAUAUGUCAGGUGUGUAUUGAGAUGGACUUGAAAAAUUUGAACCUGUCCUUUAACCAUGACUCCCCUUCUGCCCAGACCAUAACGUGAAGGAUAUGACAAUUUGAACUGAAGCCCUUGGUUUUUCUUCAUUAUAGCACUGAGAGAAUAUUUCAGCACUGGGAUCCUUUCUAAUCCAGAACAUGAAGGGGUGAUUCAGAUCCAUCAUGAAGUUCCAGGUCCCCUUUAUGAAAUGACCACUGUCGUCCUUCACUUUCUCAUCCUCAAGGCACUCUGCAUAAACAGACCACUUAUCAGGCACGAUGUACACAUUGCCUGAGGGAGACAAAUGGACUUUGGAGGCAAGAAAUUUGAAUAUUUUAUGCACAACAAAUAUAUGCCUUUUUUUAUAAGUAGCCUUGUAAACAUAACGGAACUGUAGUAGAAACAGAGAAUGGGUGGUUCUCACAAAUGAAAGACUACGGGAACCAUUUUUCUCGAGCCAUAUUGGCCUCAGUCCACUGACUGUAAAGACCUGGUAAAAGCCGGGAACACACUACACUUCUUUAAAGUGGAAUUAUAACCCAUUCUGACUGAUUUUUAAGACUGUGGAGCAUCUGUGCAGAAUAUGGCAGGAUUUUCACAGUCUGUUUGGAAAAACAGAAAUCACCCCUGACAUAAACAUGUCAGUCGUGUACUUUGAAUGGUUUUUAGGAUGUUGCUAGACUUUAACGUGGCCCUGUCAGAAGGCUGUAUGUGCGUUUACAUGAUCUUCACAGGGGAUGAAGUUUUUGGACUGAAUAAAUUAAACCACUAUCCGCACUGCAGCAUAAUCAGAAAAUGUGACACACCACUGUGCUGGUGGGCAAGGAUAUAAUACCACUACAAAACUGUAGUUCCACGCAAAAUAGUUGUGAUGUGUAAUAAUAUGAAGGGUUUUGUAAUUGUUGAACCACUGACUGGCAUAUUUUUGCUCUGAAGGCUAUGCAUCACUUUUAUACGGCUGCUUGAGAUGCCUUUUUUUGUAAUUUUAAUCACUAUGAUUUCAAUUGCCAACAUGAAGUAUUUUACCCGAAAAUAGGCUAUUUUUAUUUCUUCAAAUAUGUUAAGGGCUUUUCUUCCUCACCCGCCUUAUUUUAGAUGUACAAAAACAAACACGUACUGCAAGUUUUACCUGAAACCAAACUAUUUUUGCAUGUUGUGUUUCACCUUAAUUGUUUACCAUUUCCUCAUGUUCCAAGUGCCUUUGAACACCCUGACUCUACAACAGAUUUGUGGAACAGAUUACCUUAUUUAUUUCUCGCCUUCUUUUGCCUUCAGCUUUUCUCCUCUACCUCAGCCCUCCCUUUCUCUCCCACUUGUGAAAGAAAGCAUGCAGUAAACUUUCCUCAGCACUAGCGUGUUACAAGCUACACUGCAGACAUCUCAGAAAAUGUCUACCAGCUGCUGCAAUCGGAAAAUCCUCUACAGUAAUCAGCAAGACACCAAUCUCUCUUAGAGUAAGCAGUUAAGGAUUUAUCAAAGUUUUCAUUGUGGCACGGGAUAGAUAAAGCUUAGUGUGAUUGUAUGUGAAGCUAAACUGCAAGUAAUUUCAGUGCAUUUUCUUGUUUUUGUUUUUUUUAGAGGGUGAAUGUUUGUUUGGAGUGUGUUUAUGUGCACCUUGGCGCUGGUAGUGUUCAUCUGCGAUGCUGCUGUCUGUGAGUUUGUGUUAUCAGACUGUGUGUCCAUGUGAGAGCGCUGACAAAUAAUCAACAUAAAUCCACUCGAGGUUCAUAUAGUCAUAGCAAUCAUAGUACAGAGUGUGUACAGUUCUUUCCUUUCCUCUACCUGGUCAAAAUAAUGUGUGAGUUGGUGUUGUGAAUGGCCUCCUCUCUCUUUGGUGUCCCACAGCAACCUCCAGUUCUAGGGUGGAGUUGCAGUACAGCAUCCUGAGUGUUUAACUUGGUUGCUUGCAUUAUAUUUGAAGCCUAUUAUUCUGAAUAAACA